GGUCUUGUUUUGUGUCACGCACGUGACGUCCCCCCGCGUCGGCCCGUGACGCUGCGUCUCUUUGUUGGCCCAGCAGCAGCGUCGCUCCUCUGUUGUUGUUUUCUCUGCUGCUAAAAAAGCUGGAAUGCUAGCAAGCUAAAGAAGUAUUCUCGUUUUGUUUUGCUCUGUCUGCCAAAUAAUACACAUCAAACAUAUCCCACUUGGUGUGUCGCUACAUUAAACGCAGCCCAGUCAUGGACUCGGACGAGGGUUACAAUUACGAAUUUGACGACGAGGAAGAGGAAUGCAGCGAAGACAGCGGCGAAGAGGAGACCGCGGACGACACCCUGGAGCUCGGCGAGGUGGAGUUGGUUGAUCCCGUUGUGGCCGGCGGAGAGCGAGACGACUGCGGGGAGACGGGAGGCAGCGGCCUCGGGCCCGGUCAGGAUGAGGAAGAUUACCGCUUUGAAGUUCUAACCGCCGAACAGAUCCUGCAGCAUAUGGUGGAGUGUAUCAGGGAGGUCAACGAGGUCAUACAGGUAAGUAUUUUUAGGGCUUCCCCUGAGCUUAGAUCACCCUGGAUUACCCGUUAUAAUAAAAGAGGAGAUUUUUACAUUGCUCUGGGAAACUUUGCCCCCCGUUGGUUUUCAGGGGAGGUUGUUGCUAGUCUGAUGAAGAAGAAGGUGUCUUCUUCGUUCUCUGUUAAGCUGGGAUAUGGGAAUGUGGAUUUGGUGUUGGUUGUUCUUUUGCAGUACUUCACUGGUCUGGAAUGUGGGCACAAGUUCUGCAUGCAGUGCUGGGGUGAUUACUUAACCACCAAAAUCAUAGAGGAAGGAAUGGGACAGACCAUUUCUUGUCCUGCUCAUAGCUGUGAUAUUUUGGUGGAUGACAGCACAGUCAUGCGACUAAUUACAGAUUCAAAAGUGAAGUUGAAGUACCAGCAUUUAAUAACCAAUAGUUUUGUAGAGUGUAACCGACUGUUAAAAUGGUGUCCAGCACCUGACUGUCAUCACGUUGUCAAAGUACAGUACCCAGAUGCCAAACCUGUACGGUGCAAGUGUGGUCGGCAGUUUUGCUUCAACUGUGGAGAAAAUUGGCACGAUCCAGUGAAGUGUAAGUGGUUAAGGAAAUGGAUUAAAAAAUGUGAUGAUGACAGUGAGACAUCAAACUGGAUUGCAGCAAAUACAAAGGAAUGUCCAAAAUGCCACGUCACCAUAGAGAAAGAUGGUGGCUGCAACCAUAUGGUGUGCCGGAACCAGAACUGCAAAGCAGAAUUCUGCUGGGUUUGCCUGGGGCCCUGGGAGCCACAUGGCUCUGCUUGGUACAACUGUAAUCGUUAUAACGAGGAUGAUGCCAAGGCAGCCCGGGAUGCUCAAGAGCGCUCCAGAGCAGCCCUGCAGAGGUACCUGUUCUACUGCAACCGCUACAUGAACCACAUGCAGAGCCUGCGCUUCGAGCACAAGCUGUACGCCCAGGUCAAACAGAAGAUGGAGGAGAUGCAGCAGCACAACAUGUCGUGGAUUGAGGUGCAGUUCCUGAAGAAGGCCGUGGACGUGCUGUGCCAGUGCCGCUCCACGCUCAUGUUCACCUACGUCUUUGCAUUCUACCUCAAGAAGAACAACCAGUCUAUCAUCUUCGAGAAUAACCAGGCAGAUCUGGAGAAUGCUACAGAGGUUCUGUCUGGAUACCUGGAACGAGACAUCUCCCAAGAUUCCCUGCAGGACAUUAAGCAGAAAGUUCAAGAUAAAUACAGAUACUGUGAGAGCAGACGGAGAGUGCUGUUGCAACACGUACAUGAAGGCUAUGACAAAGACCUGUGGGAGUACAUCGAGGAUUGAGGUUACAUCUCCACACCACAGACUCUUGGAGACAAACUCCACCCACUAGAGUGCUGAUGCAAUGACAAAUGAGCAGCACAGACCUCCGCUGCCGCCUCCCUGGCAAACCGCCCUGCAUUGCAUAAUUUUUGCAGAUUUUUGUUUCAAGAAAAGCAUAAGAAUAAAUUAUAUUUAAAUGAAAAAGUUAGAAUAUUAAAAAUAAAAUAAUACAUGUUCAACAGUAUUGUUAGCAGCGUGAAGCGCAAGACUGAGAAAUCCAACAAAAAGGCAAAAUAUCUUCCUUUUGCUUGCAUUGUGAGAUCUUGCCCUCGGAAAUCUUUUCCCUCCUUAUCAGUUAUGUUUGUGGACGUGUUCUGUUUGACUUUAUUUUAUAUACUCUUUUUGUGUGUGGAAAAUGGACUUUGUUUUCAAAAUGGCUUUAAUCAUUCUGACCAUGUCUGGCGAGAUCCGUGUUUGGGUUGCUGAAUGUUGAUUGGUUGAUUGUAAGGAGGUGACUUUUCAGCUUACAGACCUUAGUGGAAUAGAACACAAAAAACACCCUAAAAAAAAACCGGACAAAAUCGGUAUUUUUCAAUUUGUAAAUAAUGCAUAUGCAUGGAAGUUAAAGAGUACGAGUGGCAUGUGUUUGCAUCAUUUUUAAAAGAUAUUUAUCUUUACAGAUAUAA